AUGUCAUUGCCAAACGAUCUCGGGACCGAACGAGAGCUUUCCGAGCUUUCCGAGGAAUCCGACACCUCGGUAGAACUGGCUAGUCUUAAGGCUAGGCUGGAAGAAUUAGAGCAUCGCAAUGAAGCGAAAUCCCAAGCCCGAGCGGCACUGACUGCUCUCACAAAACGGUUACAGAAAAAGGAGAAGUUACCAACCAAUUUGGGAAAGGACGUGAUUCCCAUUAUUGUGUUCGUAUGUUUCGCCAAAUACCUUUCAAAGAGUCAGGUGGAAGCUCUUGCUGCACAUGGACCGUCGUUGGCAAAGGCUAGCCUGCUUCUUGCAAAGGAGGAGUUCCAGUCGUCUUGGUUCGAUUGCUACAUGAACUGGAAAAAGUCAAAUCUCGAAAUGGCAUUCCAUUUCUUUCUGGAAGUGACGGAGGCUGUCAAAGCCAAAGAUUGCGAUAUUCUAGAGGCAGGACGACCCGAUGCCACUAGAGCAGGUCGCAAGAGGGCUACGGCAUCGCCGAGUGGAGUCGGUGUUUUAGGGCAGAAGAGACAACGCACCGAACGAGCACAACUGUCUUGCCAGCCUGAAUCCGCCAACCUCCACCCGCUUGAGCACAAUGCACCUCAUGAUGAGCGUACCCGAGACAACUCAGUCCCUCAAGUUGACGUCCCUCAAGUUGACGUCCCUCGCAGUUGGAGUGUGCAGGGCGUAAGUUCGCAGGCCUUGUAUGGAGGGCAACUCGACAACACAUUUGGGGCAACAGGCGAUCAACGAAUCCUAGAGAAAGACAAUCUCGACUUUUCGCCUCUCGCUUAUCUGCCGUAUGGUGAGACUACCCGUCCAAUACUCAUGCCCGCCUACUAA